CUUUGCUAAUAGCACAUUGUUUGUUUUCUUUAUGCAGAUAAUUUUAUGAUCGGUCACAAUAUUGUUUUCAAUAGGGAGAAAAUGGUCUUGGGCUGGAAGGCGUCUAACUGUACUGAUAGAAUUGUCGAUUCAAGGAAUGAUAUAUUUCCUCCAUUUCCAGCAGUGUCACCGGCGUCACCCCCGACAAUAAAUGUUCAGCCGCCUUCCGUAAAUGACGGAGCAGCGUCACCCCCAAUAAUUAAUGUCCAGCCACCUUCUGUAAAUGACGGCGCAGCCUCACCCCCAACCCCGACAACAAAUGUUCAACCACCUUCGAUUAACGGCGGAACUCCUAGGAAUGGUUCGAAUUCUAAUAACGCUCCGCAGCUUUCUGUCGGAAAACCAAGAAAUCUAUACCUGAUAGCCUCAUCACUUCUCGUGCUAUUUCUUCCCAUUUUAAAAAUCGUAUGAUUGCUUGUGUUUUUUUUUCUUUUCUUUUUUAUGGUUGAAGAAUGCUCAAUAAAAGAGAAUAAAAUGUGACCAAAUUGAACGUUAGUAGAACUGGAAGUGGGUUUUUUCUGCUUUACGUACUAUUUCAAUAAUAAACGUAAGAUUUUGUCACUGGCCUCAUGGCAGAGCAAGCUAUUAUUAGCCCUAGAAAUGGUAAGGAGCAAAAUAUCGACUUUCUGGGCCAGAUAAAAGCAUGUUUCAAAAGAAUUCCACAUUAUCAAUAUCAACUCAGAGUUUUUUU